AUGGAUCGUAAUCCGGGACGGCAAGGACCCAUGUCCAUGUCUCCGGGUGUGAUGCGAAGACCGGGCGGAAUGUCCAGCAGGGACAUGCAUCAACAGAAUCACUCAUCCUACCAAACACAGCAGAAUCUGGUAUCGGCAACAGCCGGUGGAAUGAUGAACAAUGGUGGUGCCAAUGGACCGCCACCGGCACCACCAUCCUCGGUGGCGUCCUCCUCGAUGAUGCACCAAAUGCACCCGAUGCAGCAGAACCAUCCACAGCAGCUGCAUCAACAGACAGCACAGAUUCAACAUUCGCAGCAUGACGAGCUCAUCCGAUACAUAAAUGAGGCAUGGAAUAGUAUAACUACGGACAAGAGCCAGAAGGCGCCAGUAUUCUACAAGAGCGUACCUGAGCCACGAUUGCCCGGAUUCACACCAUUCGAUCUGGAACGUUGGUGGGGACAGCGGAUGGUACAUCACCUCAACAUCGGUUCCCACGGACACCAGUGAG